AUGGCCCGGGUUGUCGACGAGUCGCCGCGGUUGGUGCCAGAUUUCGCGGACGAGGCCGCAAGCGAAGAAGACGCAGGGGGAGCGGCGCUCACGGGUGUUGGCUGGGCGGCGUCGCGGCGCAUGAGCGCGGUUUCCACAGCCGCCGUCGUGUGCACAGCUCUGUUGGCGCUUACUUUCACAUGGAGGCCUACGCGCGCCAUCGAGGUCGUGCCCACCGCCGCAGCCACCUCGCUAUCGUCCGAUGGCAUCGACAGCAUCAUCCAUUCCCACUCGCUUGGUGUAGGCGACUCCGUGACCACGGUCGAAGUUGGCUGCAAGAAUUGGAAAUCGGCUUCGCUCAGAACCCUCCUUGCCCCAAAUGAGCACGUGUGUGUGGAGACGUGCCGUGAGACUGAGGGCUGCUUCGCGGUGAAUUUCCAGCAUGAGAAAUGCCCGGACGACCCGAGAUCGAUGCAUGCGAACCAGGGGCAUUGCGACCUAUUGGGAGAGGAGUGCGACCAGGGGCCGAACCACUGUUGGACACUGUACGAGCUGCCAGAGGAUCAAAGAUACGGUGCGAAUAAGAGCAAGGUGACCUCGACGAGGAGCAGCUCGCACAGCUCGCACAGCUCGCACAACUCGCACAGCUCGCACAACUCGAGCAGCUCGCACAACUCGAGCAGCUCGCACAACUCGAGCAGCUCGCACAACUCGAGCAGCUCGCACAACUCGAGCAGCUCGCACAGCUCGGGCAGCUCGCACAGCUCGGGCAGCUCGCACAGCUCGAGCUCCACGCAGCGCGAGUCUCAGCAAGAGCUGUUCAACCAUCUUGGCGCAGAGGUGUCUGGUCACUUCCACGGUUGA